AUGGAGGUUCCUAGUAAGCUCGUCGACGUUGAAGAAGAAGACGAAGUAAUGCUACCAGGGUUUCGGUUUCACCCGACCGACGAAGAGCUCAUCGGCUUUUAUCUUCGACGAAAGGUCGAGAAGAAACCGAUCGCGAUCGAAAUCAUCAAACAAAUUGAUAUCUACAAAUAUGAUCCGUGGGAUCUUCCAAAAGUAAGCAAUGUGGGAGAGAAAGAAUGGUACUUCUUUUGCACCCGAGGGAGGAAGUAUAGAAACAGUAUAAGACCAAACAGGGUGACCGAGUCAGGGUUUUGGAAAGCAACGGGCAUUGAUAAACCGAUUUUUUCGACACUCAAACCGAAUCAAGAGUGCAUUGGCCUUAAAAAAUCUUUGGUUUACUAUAGAGGAAGUGCUGGUAAAGGCACCAAAACUGAUUGGAUGAUGCAUGAGUUUAGGCUUCCCUUCAACACAAAUAGCCCUCAACACUAUCAUGCUGAGGUUUGGACCUUAUGUAGAAUCUUUAGAAGAAUCCCAUCAAUUAGAAAGUACAGUCCAAUAAUGUCUCCCAUACCCCAAAACCCUAAUAAUAACUCCUUUAAUUCUCACCCUUUUCCAACUCUCAUAGACCUUGAAACUAAGCCAAACCCUAGCUUAACCCUACCCUAUGCUUCCUUUGAACCCUCUUCUUUGUACCCGUCGAGCUUUUGGAACGGCGUCGAUGGUGGAGGUCGGGAUGGAGGAGGAGGAGGAGGAGGCGAUGUCCUCACUAGUGGAGGUUGGGACGAGCUGCAACUUGUUGUUCAGAUGUCACCCUCGACCAUUUUCAACAUUUAG